CCAAUUCCUUAAUCCAAUUUUACGACGGCGUUUUCAAGGUCAAGCCAUCAUUUCUGAUCAUUUUCUUGAAUUAAGCGUACAACCCCACUGAAACACACCGCGCCGCCCCUUGCCGAAGAAAGCAAUAGAACGCUCCUUUAUCGCUUCUCCGAUUCCGGGAUAGAUAUGUUGGAAAACAAGGCAAGCCCAACUAUAAACAAAUCCACUGGUUUGCCUCGGAAACGAUUCUACCGAGCGCGAGCACACAGCAAUCCAUUAAGUGACUCCCACUUCCCUGUUCCUCUCUCCCCAAGCCAUGUUGACUACUCACUUCAUUACCCUCAAUUGUUCCCAUCAUCUGAUCAGAUUGAUAGUUCCAGAAAGAUUCAGUUUGUGGAUAUUGGUUGUGGUUUUGGAGGGCUUCUAAUUAGUCUUUCAACUCUUUUCCCUGAAACUCUAAUGAUUGGGAUGGAGCUUAGGGAUAAAGUGACCGAGUAUGUGAAGGAAAGGAUUUCAGGAUUGAGGGUGGCAAAUCCGGGUCAAUACCAGAAUGUGUCUGUUGUUCGGACUAAUUCGAUGAAAUACAUACCCAACUACUUUGAGAAAGGACAGCUUUCAAAGAUGUUUUUCCUAUUCCCGGAUCCUCACUUCAAAGAAAAAAAUCAUCGUCGCAGGGUAAUUAGUCCCCACUUGCUAGAUGAAUAUGCUUAUGCCCUUCAGGUUGGUGGGAUUAUAUACACAAUUACAGAUGUGGAAGAACUUGGAGAAUGGAUGAAGUCUUGUUUAGAGAAUCAUCCCAUGUUUGAAGCCCUCUUAGAGAAGGAGCUUGAAGCAGACCCUGUAGUAAACCUCCUGAGUACUGCAACCGAAGAAGGACAAAAGGUAGCUAGGAAUGGAGGACAAACUUUCCAAGCAGUUUACAGGCGAAUUGCACCAGCUUCAUGAGAGAACAGUUGAUCUGCUCAGGCUUCAUUGAGCCUCAUUGAGCCAAUGGAUCAUUUUUCUGGUUUGGUAAUACUUGUUACGCUAUUAUUAAGGGGGAAAAAAGAAAGAAAAGCAGAGGUAUAGCACAUUUUAGAGUUUUGUAUCUUUAAAUUUUGAGCAUUGUUUUUUUUCUUAUUUUGAUUCUCUUGAACUUAUUGGCAUUUGAAGCCAGAUCUCAUGUUUUAAUCCAGCUAGCAAUUAUCAAGAAAAUUUUGUCCAUUUUAUUCAUUAACCCUUUUGAGAAAAGAAUCAAAAGAUGAAUAAGAGGCUCAAGGCCUUAUUCAAGC